AAAAAUGUUAUAAAUUAUAAAGUGUCUGCUGUUAAAUAUUUCUAAUUCAUUUAAAUAUUAAAGAAUAGAAAGAAACAAUUUACUCUAACCACCCUUAAUAAAUUUUGAUGAUUUAAAUAAACAAAUAUAUAGAUUACGCCGUUCAACUGUCGUCAUAUACAACAAUUUAUUGCAUUAUUAUUAUUGCAGUGUACUGCAACAGGCAUAUUAUUAUUAUUGUUGUUGGUUUUUCUCUACAACAACGAAGGUGGUUUGUGUGAAUAAGUCUAUGGUUUCACACCUCUUGCCUCCUUAAAAUCACCCACAUAUUGCUGCUUUACAAUAGUAAAAUAAUAACAACAACAAUUAAACACCAUAAAUGUAAAUACAAAAAAAGUCUUGAAAUAUAUAAAAACAAUUACAGUGUUGCAUUUUGGCAAGCAAAUAAAAACCAAACCCAAACCUAAAACAAAUUAGCAGUUAUUUGCCAAAAACAAAAACAAAGCAAAACAAAUACCUCAAUAAUAAAAUGAAAACAAAAGCUCUCUUGAAUUUAUUAUAAAAAAGGAACAAGAGAGACUCACUAGUGAUAGUUCAAUUUUACACAUAGUGCGAGUGUUUGUUUAACACGUAGAAUUUUAAGUUUGUAAACAAGAGAAGAAAAGAGUGUGAUACUUUAAUAAAAAAAAGAGAGUGAGUAUAUGUUUAGUUUAGUAAACAAGUGUAGAAAAAGUGAGAGAAAAAAAGAAGAAUUUCUUAUAAGACAAAUGUAUUGAAUAAACAAUUGUCAUUUUAGUAUUGAUACAGCUGUUAAAGGCAGCUUUCACACACAAUAUUUCUUUUCAAAAAAAAAGUAAAUAAAAUUUAUUAAAUAAUAAAAAAAGAAAUAAUAAAUAAAAAGCAAAAACAAUGUGACUUUAAAGUUGUAAAACAUUUAACAAGAAAACAAAACUAUAGUGUCUUAAAUAUUUCAACUAAAGUGUUAACUUAACCAAAAAAAAAACUAAAAACAAAAUUAACAAAAAAAACUCACAAACCAAGUUCUUAAUUAUUAUAAUAAUAAUAAAAACUCCAAUAACAAUAUGCAUGGCAUAACACAUUUAUAUCGUCAGCAUGCUAUAGAAAAGCAGCUGAGCGCCGAUUGCUGGCAAAACGGUGCCAGUGCCGAUUCCAGCAGUCAUCAUCAUACAACUUCCUAUGGCCGCAGUUAUGUACGUGAUAAUGUUAGCAUGAAUUCUACCUCGGAAUAUGGUUCUUUAAAAGGAACCAGCCGUUUAAGCAGCAUUGAUUCUAGUUCUAGCUCUAGUUCCUCAUCAAAUUCAAAAUCACCCAAUUGGUCUCAGGACAAAGUAAUUGAAAGUUUGGUUAAUGCCUCAAGUCCACAACCGGUGCCGGACACCCAGAAAUCGAUAACAAAUCAUUAUCGCAAUUCACCCACCCAUAAUGGGGCACGCAGUUCCUAUGACAGCUAUGGUAGCAGUUUCAAGCGAACACCCUCCUCGAAACGCAGUAUAUUUGAAAGAUCACACAGUCCCGCCGUUUAUGGUAGUCUACGCAAACCAAAUCUACAGGAUUUCAAUAAUUCACCACCCAAUCAGGGUGGUUUCUUCCCACACGAUCUUGAUGACAUCUAUGAAAGUAAACAUGAUCAUCAGUAUUUCACCUAUUCGGGACACUCAACACAGCGUCAAGAACGACCCAGCAUUAAUUCAAUAUUUCAUCGUGUGGGUGCUGCGCCCGCCUCACUCGAUGAGUACUCCAGUAGUCCCAUAAGACAUUCUAUUGAUAGUGGCUGCCCGAAUAUACCACGCUAUCGUUUCGAUAAUACUAGUUUUGUUAAAUCACUAAGUAUUAAUGAAGAUGAAGAUGCAGUUGGUAAAACCUCUUCACCCAAGGAACAUAAACAUAAGCACAAAGAUAAGGAUCAUCAUCAUGGUCAUCAUCAUUCAAUACAGGAAUUACUUAAACAUUUUGGUAAAAAAGUGCAUAUUUGGCCACGUAAAUCUCAUGAUAAUACAACGAGUAGUGUUUGUACUUCACCACAAAAUGAUCCUCAGGAAAAUUUUCGUUCAAGAUCGAAAAGUUUAGAUGUCAAUACGAUUAAUAGACCCAAUCGCAUUUUAGAAGAUUGUGGUGCCACCUAUAAGAUAUUCGAUAAAAUUGUAAAAGAAGGUAAUUCAAAGGGUGCUCAUAUGCGUCGUGCUUCAGCUGAUUUGGAAAAACGACGUGCUUCAGUUGGUGCUGCCAGUCGGGGCUUACGUGGUGAUGGUACUUUAGAUCCACAUCAUGCCGCAAUAUUAUUUAGAGAUUCAAGAGGGUUGCCCGUUGCAGAUCCGUUCCUAGAGAAAGUAAAUCUCUCUGAUUUCGGACAUGGUGUCACUGAACUGAACGGCGCUAACAAACAAAUACUGGUUGAGUCCGAUCGCACACCGGAAACAGAAAUUGUAGAUAAUAACUUUAAACUGAUCCAUGCCAUUUCUUUAUUAACCCCAUUUCAUUUCUCUAUUUCUCUCCAGAAUCUGGCAGCCGAAAAAACCUACAACGAUCUCGAUGUUUCAUUGCGCAAAGCCAACGAACAUCGCAAUGAAUGGUUUGAGGGUGUACAAUGUUGUAAUCUAGAUGAGACCCUCUAUACCAUACUCGAACGUAUUGUACGAGCUGAAGUCCAUCGUCUAGUGGUGGUCGAUGAGAAUCGUAAAGUUAUUGGUAUUAUUUCUUUAUCCGAUAUUUUACUAUAUCUAGUACUAAGGCCUAGUGGUGAAGGUGUUGGUGUUUCUGAUAUCUCGCUGAGAGCAUCAGAUCCUAUUUUGCAAAGAAAAUUUUCCGAUGAUGAAGAUGCCACUUCAUUGGAUAAUAAAUCACCUUCAGUCGGUUCGGGUAGUCGUAGUCUUAUUGAAGAUAUACCCGAAGAGGAAGUGUAUGGUGGUGGAGAUAAAGUUUCAAAAGAGGAUGAAGCUGAUAAGGUAGAUAUAGCAAAUACGGAUAAAGUUAAUAAUAAUCAAGAGCAGGAACAAGGCUCAGAAAUAGUUGUAGAGCAAGGUGUUAAAGUAACAAAUGAUAGCAGUGUCCUACAGGCCGAAAUAUCAUUUGCCGAUGAAGCCGAAGAGGAUGCUAAUAGUAAUGAAGGAGCCGACAAGGAGCAGGAGAGUAGGCAGGCAGCCCAACAAGAGGAAGCAGAAGAAGAUGAUGAGGAUGCUAAGGAUGUGAUAAGCGGUAAUUGUGAUAAUUUAAAAAAAUCAAACUCAGAUGAUGCAACGACAGAAUUAACAACAUCAUCUGUUACCAGCGCUCUUAAGCAAACAACAGCUCGUGAAAUGGCUCUUGUUAGUGAAUAAACAUUUUACUUUUCAAAAAAAAACACAAACAAAUAAAACAUAAUUAUUUAAUUAUAUAAUAAUUAAUAUUUAAUAUUUAAACUACACAAGUGUGAAUAUAUGAAAGGAUUAAUUAAUAUUAUCUUAAACUUAACAAAAAUUAUACAGUUUUUUUCUUUAACUUUUUAUUGAGUUUAAUUUUUUUUUUUUUAAAUUCUGUUUUCUUAAAAACAAAGAAUUUAUUAUUAAAGAAAAUUUAAAAGAAAAUUCAUUUCUAAAGCUAAAAGAUUGCAAAGAAUUGUUAAGAAAAGUUUUAAAACAUUUGAUAACAAAUUUAUUUAAUUUUUAUGCUUAAAUAGCUACUAAAUAGUUUUUUUAUAUAUAAAAUAACAAAAAUUAAACAAAACAUGUAAAAUAUAAAGGUCUAUUUUUACAGUUUAUUUAACAACAAAAACAAACACUUAAUAAUUAUUGCUAAAAACAUACAGUUUAUUUAAUUAAAAGGAUUAUUUUUGUUUAAGAAUAAAAAAGGAAUA